CUUCAUUCAAACCCACUCUACUCAUCUAUCUGCUUGAUAAAACUUGUUCCAUUGUUACAAUAUUAGCCUUUUCUGUGGAUAUGGCAAAAGGAAACAAUGUUGCUCCUCACUCUCCUCUUGAGAGGUCUACCUUGGCUUCUCUUGAUCACAAGUUGGCCAUGGCCAAGCGCUGUUCUCAUGAGGGUGUGAUGGCAGGAGCUAAGGCAGCUAUUGCUGCUGGAGUUGCCACUGCAAUUCCAACUCUGGCUAGUGUAAGGAUGCUGCCAUGGGCAAAAGCCAACCUCAACCACACUGCUCAAGCUCUCAUAAUCUCAACAGUUGCUGGAGCAGCAUAUUUCAUAGUAGCUGACAAAACCGUUUUGGCAACUGCAAGAAAGAACUCCUUCAAGCAACCCACCAACCCAUGAUUUAUUUCCCAGUGGAUUGCAAGAAAGAACCCGUUUAAGCCACCAUCCAAUGCAUGAUUUCCCAUUGGAUAAUGCUGGAUUCGGUUGCUUACAUUGUAUUAGACUAUUUACUUAUAGCAUCUACCAACCUUGGAACACAUCAAAAUAUGUAUUAAUAAAUAAAGAGUUUCAAGGGCAGAGAGCAUAUAUGUACCAAUUAUCAUUUAGUUCUCUCAGAAAUGCAAAUAAUUAAGUUUCCCCCUUGAAUAUAAACA